UCAUUAACAAACUAUAAAGCGAUUAGCCCAUGCCAAAGUAAUCCAUGUCGCCAUGGAUUUUGUCAAGCCCGUGAUUUCACCUAUCAAUGUUUAUGCAGGAAAGGCUACACCGGAAAUAAUUGUGACCAGGUGAAUCAUUGCAAACCAAAUCCUUGUCAAAAUGGUCAAUGUAUCGAGCAUAUUAACGGUUAUGGCUGCCUUUGCAAUCCAGGAUACUAUGGCAGACUUUGUAAUCAAAAUGUUUGCCGAACAAAUCCUUGCAAGAAUAGUGGAGAAUGCGAGCCCACAUACGGAAGUUAUUACAAAUGCCGUUGCCAUUCUGGAUACUAUGGAUCCCAUUGUGAAAAGCGAGUUUGCCAAGCAAAUCCUUGCCAAAAUAACGGAAAAUGUGAACCUAUCUAUGGAAGGUUUUAUAAAUGUCGAUGUCCAAGUGGUUUCCAGGGAUUAUAUUGCGAAAAAAGCGCGUGUAAUCCUAAUCCCUGCCAAAAUGGAGGCACAUGUAUUGCUGAUAGGCGAGGGGAAGAAUGCCAGUGUAAGUCCAGCUACUUUGGCUUAAGAUGUGAACGUGCCAUUUGCGUUUCAAAAAAUCCUUGUGCUAAUGGUGGUGUCUGUACUCAUACUAGUCAAGGAUAUAGUUGUACCUGUACAGCUGGAUAUACUGGUCGAAAUUGUGAAAACGAGUAUCAUUGUAAAUGGAAUCCUUGCCUAAAUGGCAAAUGUAUCGAACAAGGAACAGAUUAUCGCUGCGAUUGCAAGUCUGGAUACUAUGGCAGAAAUUGUAGUCAAGACCGAGGUUGCCAAUCCAACCCUUGUCAAAAUGGUGGUCAAUGUCAGUUUUCGGGAUCUGGCUAUCAAUGCAAUUGUAGAAGCGGAUACUAUGGUGAAAACUGCCAGAAUCAGACUUGUAAAGCCAAUUCAUGCAGGAACAACGGAAAAUGUGAACCCCUACAAGGAGCUCAAUAUAGAUGUAGCUGCCGGUUUGGAUAUUAUGGAAAAUUUUGUGAAAAUGAAGUCUGCCAGAUGAAUACUUGCAAGAAUGGAGGAAAUUGCCAGCCUACAUAUGGAAAGAACUAUAGAUGCAUUUGCAGCCGAGGAUUCUACGGAACUCAUUGUGAAAAUAUUUGCCAGACAACUAGUUGCAAGAAUGGAGGAAACUGCGAACCUACAUAUGGAAGCAACUAUAGAUGCAGUUGUAGGCGAGGAUUCUACGGAACCCAUUGUGAAAAUAGCGUUUGUGAUUCAAAUCCCUGCAAGAAUAGCGGAAAAUGUCAGCACACUUCUGGAAAUCAUUAUAAGUGCAGUUGCCAGCAUGAAAGAGGAUAUUAUGGACGACAUUGUGAAAAACGUUUGUUUAUAAGCAAAUAUUUAAUCAACUAG